AUGUUUGGUUGUUUUAAAAGUACCAAACCUGCUUUGGGUGGGUUGUUGUGGAAAAUACCAUGGAAGAUGUCCAAUUUACAAAAAGCCAGACAAAGAGGUAGAUUGCAACAGGUUGAUAAAGUUUUAGAUAAUCUAAAGUUAGGUUUGCAUGUCUCUCGUUGUGAAAGUAAAAAUAUUCCUUUUGAAAAAAGUAUAGUUAUGAAGAAAUUACUAAAACCAAGAGUUAAAAGUUUAGCAUUUUUAAGUAAACCCAAGAAUUUUCCAAGAGAAGAACAAAUGAGCCCUGUUGACAAAUAUACUAUUUAUUCCAAAUAUAGUAAAGGGUACAGAAAGGGCAUUCACAAAGUUCCUAAAUGGACAAGAUUAUCAAAUAGAAGAAAUCCACAAUUCUUUUAG